AUGGAGCGAAGGAUUGGACUGGUUGGGUUGUCGGACCAAGAUCUAAAGGUGCUGGACAGGUUACCCUCGAAUAUUGGGCGCUCUAGUCUCGUGAUACGGCUUAUCAAGGCAUAUGAUCUCGAUCUAAGAUGUGAUCAUAUUGGGAGACGUGAGGUUGCUCUGGAUGAUCUUGCGGAGUAUCACGGGAUUGAGUACUGCAAAUUUUUGCUCAAGCCUCGGGAGGGCAAUGCAGAAGAUGAUGAUCCUGCUCAGCUUGCGGAAUUCGCACUGCUACACGAUUGUCCUGUCUUUCCAUCAAUGGGUGAGUACGUCAAAACAGUAGCCGGCUCCACCUUAGCUGCAUGCCAUUGGCUUCUCAAAAACAGCGGAAAUCUCUCCGGAUCACCAGUAGCUGUCAAUUGGCAUGGUGGGAGACAUCAUUGCUUCAAAAAUCGCGCUUCUGGAUUCUGCUAUGUCAAUGACAUAGUUCUUGGUGUCUUCCAGUUACGAAGCCUGUUCCCCAGGAUCAUGUACAUUGAUUUCGAUAUUCAUCAUGGAGAUGGGGUAGCCAAAGCUUUCCAGUUUAGUCCAAAAGUCUUGACUAUGUCAUUGCACCAUUUCGAUGUUGGUUUCUACCCGGGAACGGGAUCUGUUCAGGACACGGGAAUGGGUCCAGGAAAAGGAUACGAUGUCAACAUACCUCUGAAAAGAGGUCUGAGCGAUUCCUCGCUGCUAGAAGUGGUACGUCGAAUUGUCCUACCAUAUGUAGAUAGUUUUGACCCUUCCUGUCUGGUAAUUCAGUGCGGUGCCGAUGGACUUUGCACGGAAGAGUUUCACCAAUGGAAUUUGACGAUCAAAGGGCUGACUAGUGCAGUGAUGGAAGUGAUCAAUCAUGCCAAUCUACCCUCUGUUCUGCUUGGGGGAGGAGGCUAUAACCACUUGGAGACUGCCAAGUACUGGGCCUAUCUGACGGCUUGUCUGAUUGAGGGUAAAAUUGAUUUGGAAUGGGAUAUUAUACCUGACAAAUUCACAGAAUCAGGCUCUGAAGAACUUGAGGAUUUCCGAUUUUGGAAUGGUAACGAAGCGACGAAAAUGAAUGAUUUAAAUGAUGUCCAUUAUAUAGAUUUUCUGGAGAAAACUCACAGCUUGAAAAGGUGA